AUGACGGGAAGUUUUAGGGUUCAGCUCGUAAAUAUGGGCACUCGAGGAGCCGCUUUUCAAGCCAAAUUGCGCUGCUUACACGAGUAUCAUGUACGCCUUCUGAGUAAUCAAAUUCCUGCACCUUCGGGGUCUGAUAUUGGAAAUACCAUAAAAUAUUUCUCGCAGACUUUACUUACUGUCUUAAAGGAUGUACCAUGCUCGCCACUGGAAAUGAUCAAAGAUCCAUCGCUUGAUCAAGCUAGGAUGUCCAGCUAUCCGAACCUUGAAUAUCAAAAUCUAUACAAUGCUCUCACUAUGCUUUUGGAUGUCGCUUCCAAUAUUCAAAACGGGCUAAGCUUGUUUGGAAAAGCUUUUCUACAAAGUCUUGGGUGCAUCUUGCCCUUUCUGGAUAAAGAUCUGAUCGACAAUUUACCGUAUCUUACUGCAUCUUGCAUUUCGGUUUUACCACCAUCGCUACAUCAAGAUAUAAUAAACUAUCUGUGCUAUUAUAUAUUACCAUUUACGAUAACUCGUCAAAGCGACGAUGACCAAGAAUGUCAUGCUUGCCAAUCAGUGUCAGCAGUCAUCAUGCUUGUGUUUCAGUAUUCGAACAACCCAGCCCAUCAUUGUCAACUAUUGGAGUCUCUGAUGAGAUUGAAACACAAUGUUGUAAAAGAUUUGCUUUGCGUAAUUGCUUACGGAACGUCAGCCAGUAGAGCUUCAGCUGCCAAACUUCUGUUCUAUUAUUGGCCCGCAUUUGAUCCGAACUUAUUUGAUCGUAAAGGAUUGUUGUGCAAAUUUACCAAUAACCUAAUCCCGUUCGUUUGCCAACGUGAAUCAUGCCCCAAUGCGGGUAACGCGGAGGCCGUGAAAGUGUGCUACAAUCAUUGCAUUAGCAUAUUAUAUGCGGUCGACUCUCCUCCCCCACUUUAUUUAUGUAUCGAAUGUGCUAAUGAAAUACAUAGGGAUCAUCCCGAUCUUUCAUUUGGUGAUAUUUUACAUCCUAUGCAGCAGGUUUCCAUGAUUUGCGAAAACAAGAAUUGUAGAUCUACUGAUAAGUCCGCGGUGUCUAUAUGUUUCUCGAGUGAAUGUGCCAGCUACAAUGGCAAUCAUCCAAUUAGAUAUUGCUCACAAUGUCACGGAAAUCGGCACAACAGUAGACGUGGUAUUGAUCACAUUGUUCAUCGCAGUCUCCCACCAAUGAUGAUGAUGGACGCAGAAAUGCAAACAUACAUGGUUGAAGCAGUUAUAAGCCUACUAAGAGAAGCUAAGCCUUUGAAUUUGGAUUUCGGACGAGAGUUGUCUAAUGACGCGAAAAUGAAUACAACCAAUGGUACUCAAGAUACGCUUACUCUAGAAGAUCGUCAGCUAUUGGGCCGCUAUGGUAUAUGGCUUUUAGUAGGCAGAUGUAAGCCCACUGCAGAUACUCCAGUUGAAAUUCUCGGUCGCCUGCUAUCUAUGCUAUUUCAUUGGUUUCAUGUUACCGCGUAUUCCUGUGACAGUGAAGUAGAGAGUACAUUGGAAAAAUUAAAACAUGAUCAUGUAUGUGGGUGGCUGAAAGACGUCUGCGCAAGUCAUUAUAAAGAAUUCAUUGAUUGCCUUCUGCCCCAUCCACCCGAGUAUGCCAGAGUUGGUGGCCACUGGGACACGUUGGCUUCUAGAACAUCACAUUUGAAGGAAGGAUUGCAACGCUUGAUUUGUUUGAUUCCGUAUGAAACCAUUACACAGCAGAUCUGGGACACUGUCAUGCCACACUGGAUGGAAGCAAUUACUAAUGAUGUUCCAGAAAAAGAAUUACCCGAAUUGAAAAUAGUGCUCAGCAAAAUAUUGGACCCAGUUAUGUCCCCUCUAGGACUUAACGCGGAAGCUAUGUACAGUUUUGUUACGAUUCGGUUCGAAAAAACGACAGCCAAAGUACAACAACAAGCGUUACAUUGGUUGCAAAACCUUACCAAGCUAGAAAUCUUGAUUCCUCUACAGCAGCUCUUCUCAAUGUUUGGCGAUGGCGUUCGAAUCAUGAAACAUGGCAUGCAGUCUGAUUUCCAUAAAGAUAGAGAUGGCAAAGGUGGCAGUGCGAGUAAGAUAGCUAAAGAAAAAGAGGGAUCCACCACACGCCGAAGUUCGAUUUCUCCGGUUAAAGAAGACGACUCCGGUAAUACAUCUGCCAUUUCGGAUGAUGAAGCACCUAUUUCGAGACACACCGAAUUUUCUACAGACGCGGAACAUAAUUUGACAUGCUGUAUCCUUAUGCUUGAUAUAUUGCUGAAGCAGAUGGAGUUGCAAGACAUAGAACAACACAGUGGGAUUUACACAACAGUAUCUGAAAGCGUUUGUCGUUUGCUGAAAUGCAUGGUCACAGCUGCAAAAGUUGGAUUGGGAAAUCAUAUAUGUUCGUCGAAGGAAUGUGGAUAUUGUGAAGCAUCGGUAAUGUGGCAUCAGCUUUCUACGAAACUAGUACAAUAUUUAGCACCAUUAAAUCCAGUUCGACCGCCAGAUCCCCCACUGCUUGAAAUUAUUGAGGAUGAAAAACCAUCUAGAAAAAGUCCACCGGAGUCGGAAAAAGACAGUAAAAACCGUGAUCGGGACGUAUCACUUUCAAUGGCUCCCUUGCCUAUACCUCUCGGGCCUCUAGUUGUACCUUCUCUCCUAGAUGACGUUGGGAAAAUUAUAAUUAUGGCAGGGCCAGUGCCGGUAGCUGUUCCUCAACCUGAACCUCACUCGGUUGGUGGCGUCUUAGUGCAUAUGCCGCAUGUUUGUUCUAUAAUGACGGCUACCGUUGAGACUGUAAGCGAGCAACUGGAUUUGGCGGCCAUCAUUCCUUCAGAGAAAAUUGUCACCGCAGUAGCGAGAUCAGUUACACUAUCUGACGCAGAUGUUGCCACCGCGACGGUACAGAUAGCGAAACCAACCAUUGUGGGCGACACAUAUCAGGACCUCAAGGACUGCGAGGAUGCUGAUACACAUUGCGAUCUGGAUGAUCGAGAUAAUUUUUGGCACACUUCAGUCGGAAAGUUUAAAUUUUCUAUUGACAAUUUGCCACAGUCUUUGCAAUACAUAUAUCAGCUACUGAAAGAGAUUCCAACCAUAGAAAAACCAGACAUCUUAUAUUAUAUAUUACAGUGUUUGAAAAUAAUGGUUCUGCAUGGUGACGCUUUUACUAAAGCAGCUCGUGACGAUCGCGGAUUUUUUAUCUGGUGUCAAGAAAAUUUGUUGAUUCGCAAUUUAUGGGAAGUUUGCAAUGCUGACCAUUCGCAUAUUUGUGAGGUAGCUGUUCCGAUUCUAUUGCAUAGCAUUACUUUGCCACUAGGAUCUGAUGUAUUCUGGAAUGUUGUUCAAGAUGCUUUUCAUGACAAUGAUUGGAGAGUUAGGUUUCAGGCGGUUGAACGUGUAACAGUAAUCACCAGAUUUUUGGAUUCAACUCCUUUGCGAUCCGAAGUCGGAUUGCAAGCGUCACUCGCAACAGCAUUCUGUCACCUUAUUGCUGCGUGCGACGAUUUAAAUGUUUAUGUAGCGCAACGUGCAACUUUAUAUCUUGGAACUAUUCAUGAUAAAGCUAUACAAGCAUUACUGUUUUGUCUGGAAUCCCAGUUUGACAUGUUUAUUGUAGACAGACCAGUUGUGUUGCAGUCAGUGUAUCAAUUACAUAACAUGCUGUCAGAUCGAAAAGUAUUAACGUGGGAUUUCUUCUUGAAUCGCUUUGAUACACUUUUCGUAGAAGCACAGGUUAAUCUUGAGAAAAAUGGAGAUAUCUCACAUUUACGUGAUCUACGCAACUCAGAAAACGGUAGUGAGGUACUAUCUACCAAAAUCAGCAAAGCUCGAGAGGCAUUGAGUCAAUCGGAUACGUCUGGUAGUAUGUCUAAAACAUUAAGUGCUUCUUUUGGAACAAAAUGGCCAUAUAAGCGCACUAUGUCUGCACCUGCAACAAUAAUACCCAGACAGGAAUCCAAAAUUGAAAAGGAAAAGGUUUACAACCGACAGGUGUCAGCACCGAUAUUGAAACGGAAAAGCUCCAGAUUUGGACUGGAUGGUCAUAUUCAUUCAAUCGGAGGACAUGGAGAUGAAUUUAAUGUGUCUGGUUGCUUAUAUCGCAUAAUAGACCUCGAAGAAUCAGAUAAAGAAACGAUUCACUUGUUGAUAUUUCUGUUAAUGCAAUUCAUGUCUCGUGCUGAUUUAGCCUAUCCAACUGAUGAAAAACCUAUGGUGAAACAGCAGUCUAUUGUCCUUAGACAUCUAUAUCUUUUACUGGGGUAUAACCAAACGGAGAAAAUAUUUCAUAUUCCCCCUAACAGACUACGCACAUCGGCAGUUUUCAAUUCAUUUAUGGCAAACUUACCACAAGUUUUAGAUCAAAACCAUUUAAUGGGUUGGAUUUUGCUAUCAACUGUAAUACAAGUUUUGCUGUACGCACCAAAUCAAGGCAACGGGUUACUGCAAUCUGGAACUGAAUCAAUGCCUAGCAUAGCAUACAACUUCUCUUUAUGGUACAUAGAAAGUCACAUUCGUCGUAACUGGAUGAUGUCAUUACUAGUUAUUUUAUAUAAAUAUCAAUACAACCAACCACCAUAUGCUGAUCACAUCCAGAAUUUGAUUCGUAUAAUUAUGAAUUCGUUGGACUCACAUUUUCAUCAAUGUAAACGAAUACCCGCUACUGUAGUAAUGGACGUACCGACCACAAGAUCGCGCGAUUUGAGCCAGCCUUCAUUAGGUACUGAAGACGAUAAAUUACAGGAUACUCCACCUCCAAGUCCUAUCAUUCCUUCAGAAGGUCAAUCUCAUGCACAUGGACACUCUUCCAAACAAAAAGCAUCGAAAGUGAAUCCGUUGGGAUACAGAAAGUAUCCGGAUUCAAGUUUGGAAGCUGAUGACACGGAAUCGGAACUGGUAGCCAUUCCUGAAAGCGACCUCUCUGAUAGCACCUUGCAAGGAAGCAGUGCUCCUGGAUCGUUCGAUGAUACUGUCCAUUUCGACGACAUUUGUGCACCACUUAAGCCCGACCAAGUUAAAAAUAAAGUGACCGUACAUGUUACCACAGCAAAUUUAGCAACGGCUCAGGUUGCAAUUUCAACAAUCACAACGGGCGAAAAAGACGACAAAAUGGAGCUUUCGAAGAAGCUGCAUAAAAUAAUUUCGUCCGCAAGUGGAAGUGAGAAAACAAGCUCAGAUCCAGCAAACAAAUGUUCGGUGCAAGAAGGCGUCCGUAUGAUGGUAACAUCCUCAAUGCUUGGUCAACCAAAGGCACAGGCAAUUUUAAACCCUCCAGCAAAUGUUCAAAAAGCAGUUAUAGUAACUCAAGAUACAUCAGUCGUUAUCAAUAAGCCGAAGGAUACAGCUAUUUCAAAAAUGGUUACAGGAAUUUCACCAACGCAAAUAAUAACUGCUGAAUCUGGCAGACAGAACAAACCAAAACCAUUAACAACUAGUCAAGAGCCCCACUCUAAUUGGUCUGAACAAAGAUCUGUUUCUCCUGCUCAAAGGACACUUGGCAGACAAAAACGCAUAAUUGAACCAAGUCUAACUCCAGCAAGUACGCCAACUUCUAACAAUGGCAUUCAACCUAGCGUAGAAGAAGGGCUUAAAAUAUUUCACAAAAGCCAAAUUCAGCAGUUUGGUAGGACGAACAACUAUGCAUCACCGGAGACUCCGCUCUCGAAGAUGGAUCUGAUGAUACCGCCGUUAACAAUGGACACUGGAGAUGAACUGCUGAGUCCGAAGAGUAUUGCUCAACUGGAAAUACCAACACCGGAACGUCUGCUUCCGAUUGGACAACCAGGCAAAGAGAGCAUAUCGGCGCUUGCUGAUAAAGUUCGUGAAGCUUUGACAAUUCCCGAUAUUCGUCAUUUAAAACAUGAUAGUUUCGAUAAAUCUGACAGCGCUGGUAGCAAUAGAGAAGAUAUAACUUCUAGUAGCCGGGCUGCGUCGCCACGGAAAUUAAUCAAACAGGUGGCGUUAGAAUCUCCCCCUCAAGCAGAAGAUAUGCAUAGCACCGCUGCACGAAAUACAAACGCAAGGUCCGAUAAAACCAUACACGAAACCACCGGCAUUAGACAAACAAGACAGCGCUGUAGAAAAGCUGGACCAUUUACAAUUGGUUCAUUUAGCUCGUCUGAUGGUAGAUUGCGGUACGCAGGUUCAUGGGCUACAUCCAGCAAGGAAUAUUCGGAUGACGAAGAACCGCAACUCGAGAGUAAUGUAAGCUCUGAAAAACCGAGUGCAUCCCGAAUUGGUGACGAAUGCGUCUGUGAACGAUGCGCCGAAUGUGGUGCCAUUAAGGAAGAAUAUACAGAUGAAGAAAUGGGUAUAAUGUUAAUUAUUUUGGGAACGUUUAUCCAUAGGGAACCUGCUCUGGCUGCACCGUUUCUUCCAGAGGUAUUAACCACGGUUUCCAGAGUUGCCCUUUAUUCCACAUUUCCAUGGCAGUGUGAAAGCACAACUCAUUUACCAGGUGGAUCACAAUCGGUUGCUCAUCAAUUUAUACGUUGCGUUUUACAUCAGCUAGCACCAAAUGGAGUAUUUUAUCAAAUAUUUUUAUCUCAAGUGAAUGAAUCGGCACGCAAGAAGUUUUUCAAAAGUGUUGCUACAAGUUUGACAGAUUUUUCUGAGCUCAAUCCAACGAGCCCUGUGCACCUAUUGGUUGAAACAUUGAACUCGAAAAAAACUUUACCAGUGGAUAUUCUACCUAUCAUUUUACGCAAUUUAUCUGAAUACUUGCAAUGUGUUUCCAUUGACAGUAUCGGCGGUAAUGUAUGGUCAACAGCCGUACAAGGAAUUGACAGUUUAUUCCGCCGCAUUGUAUUUAUUCUUCCCAGCUUAGACGAAGCGGAUAAUUUAUUGCAUAUUAUGACAUCUAUUUUGAAAGUGCCUCAGCUUUCAAAGAAUGUACUGGAGCCAUUUUCAAAAAUCUUAAGCUAUGGAAUUCAAAAUCUAACUUUAACCCAUAAAGUAUUAGUAGAUCUAUGCUAUCUAAACACCAGAGCAUUCUCUAAAGAGCGUGAUAAGCUUCAGUUAUGCAGGCAAAUAGUGUUCGAACUGGUUCAAGCGCUGAAAUUCAAAACCAAUAUACCAGAUUGCAACCUGUUGCUUCUGGUUGGCAUCCUACUGCAAGACGCAGGUGGCUCAAUGCCGCCCGGAAUAAUUGAAGACUUACCAGAUACAGCUCCAACAUACAGUUGCAAUAUAGCAGAGUGUAUGAGGCAAACGUAUUUAAAUGACAUAAUGGAGUUUCUGGCGGAUUUUCAUACUCUUAGCAAAAUUAAGAAUUUCAAAACUGGAGGAUUAACGUCAGGAUUAAGCGAAGACACACUGGGAGGUGUACUUAAGGGUGCCAUAGCACAGUAUCUUGCACUAGAAAUGUCACGAGGUACUUCCCGGGAUAACCGUACAGUGUCAAGAUACCUUCCGUGGUUAAAUAAUGCGCCAUCUUCGCUACAGCAAGGGCCCAAGGAGUUCACAGAUUGUGUAGGCCACAUGCGCCUAUUAUCAUGGUUAUUAAUGGGCUCAUUAACACACACCGCCCUAAUGGCCAAACGUGGUGGCCAGAUCGGACAGCAUGGUGCUGCCGUACACUAUCAUCUUCAACAUCCGAUUAACACUGUUUCGCAACCUGUCCCACAAGAAUCAAGCUGUCACAUCGCCGAUCACAUUCAAGUGAUUUUUGCUGGCUUCGCAGAACAAUCCAAAACAUCAGUUCUACACAUGUCAUCAUUGUUCCAUGCUUUUACAUUAUGCCAGCUGUGGACAGUGUACUUGGAACAAAUUGCUUGUGUUGCAGCUCCAUCUACUGAAACUCAUAAUAUUACUAUGGGCGUUUUAUUUGAGUUUUGGGCGAAAGUCACUCCUUGCAUAUUACAAUUAGUGUCUCAUUCAAAGCUCUCUGAAAGUGUUAACCUGCAUUUCCUGAGUUUAUUAGAAGCGCUUAAAGAAACUCGUUCAACCAUAUUGGCGAAACUGCUGCCUCUAUGGACUCCGGUGUUGUCCUCCAAUACGCAACUUUCUGGGACAUUGCAUGUGCGCUUACAAAAUUGUCGAGACGCAGUACCGAAUGCCACCGACCAAGAUCUACAUGUCUCAGAGGCGCUACUCAAAUGGCUACAACGUCUUCAAUUCAAAAUGGGACAGAUAGAAUUACAAUCGUCAACGGCAACACAAUUUUAUUCUAUUUAA